AUGGGAAAGAAAUUUCAUCCACUGACAAAAAAUAUAAAGAUAUUCUUGCUUAAUUUAAAGCACCACUUUUUUAGAACAAUCCUCAACCAGGUAUUUAUUGUAUUAUUAUUACUUAGUCUCUAAUUAUUCAUAUCUUGUUAUAUCUUCAUCUAUAAUAUUGGAAGCAUAAGGUGCUCUUAUCUUAUAAGGAGAAUUUAUAAACCAUUAAGGAAAAGAUUUGA